CCACCAUGGUUCAAAAAAUAUACCUGUUAUUAAAUUAAAUUAUGAAUUCACUGUUAUUAUUGAUUGAAGCAAACACACGAAAGAACAUUACGUUCCUCCACCAAAACCAUGUGCAAUGGCUCAAGUAUGUAACCAUACUGGAAUUGCAAUUUGCGGUAUAGAAGCAAACCUUACAACGACGCGGAAGUUUCUAGAUGAAUGUGAUAUGUAUGAAUAUAAUUGUGACAACCAUAAGCAAUACUAUCCAACAAAUGAUAAAGAAUGUGCAGAAAGUGUAACUACAACGGAGUCUACUACAAUAUCACCACCUUCUAGUAUAACUACUUCUACAACUCAGAGUACGACAGCUAUUACAACUAAAAUUACAACACCUAGUACAACUCUAAGUUCAAUAGCAAGUACAAAAAUUACAACACCUAGUACAACAGCAAGUUCAACUGAAAGUACAACAGCUAGUACAACUGAAAGUACAACAGCUAGUACAACUGAGAGUACAACAGCAAGUACAACUGAAAGUACAACAGUUAGUACAACAGCAAGUACAACUGAAAGUACAAUAGCUAGUACAACUGAGAGUACAACAGCAAGUACAACUGAAAGUACAACAGCCAGUACAACUGAAAGUACAACAACAAGUACAACUGAAAGUACAACAACAAGUACAACUGAAAGUACAACUAUUAGUACUAGUACAACACCUACUACAACUAAAAGUACCAAAACUAGCACAACACCUAGCACUAAAGUUUCUUUGAAUACUACAUGUUCCUUAGAUGCAAUAACAACGACAACUAUACCUCCAACGGUACAGAAUACAGGUAUUACUUGUCAAAUGUAUCCUGAAGAUUGUGAAAGACCCGUGACAUGGGAGACUACAGCCAAAGGGGAGCGUCGUGAUUUUUACCAAAUACUAAGAGAACGGUACGGAAAUCGAGUUAAACUUUUACGGGGUACUACGCAUUGGCCACUUCGUGUAUAG